CCCCGAGCGAGCGCCGACGGAGGCGGCCGCGACGAAAGAGGAGGCCCCCUUCCCGCCUCAGAGGUUUUGUGAGAGUGGUUUUGUAGCAGUUUUUCCUUUGCUUCGCUUCCAAGCCAAAGGAAGGUUUUGGAAAGAUAUUGGACAGCUCUGGCUGAGCAGAAAACUGGAAGAGAUUAAAAAUGUCCAAAAUAACCACAGAACUUCUGUUGGAAAGAGCAGUGCCCAAGUCCACAAGGCUGAGGAAGAUCAAAAUUCUGAACCUGUCCAGAUUGCAGAUAACAACAGAAGAUUUGGAACCACAGUUAUUUUCGCAUCUGCGCCACCUUCAAGAACUGGACCUGUCCGACAAUCUGCUAGAGCGGCUUCCUGACAACCUAAGCCUGCCGAACCUCCGCAUCCUCAAUUGCAACAACAACCAGCUUGAAGAUGUGACUGCCCUGCAGCAGUUCCCACAGCUGCAAGAACUAAGCUAUCUGAACAAUGUAUACCUGACAGCUAGCGAUGACUAUAAGGUCAUGUUUCUUCUGCAGAAUCUCCGACUGCUGAAUGGCAAGGAUGUCACCAAGCUGGCCAAUCAUGUGAGGGUGGUCAACAGUCGUGAGCUGACCAGCAGGGUCACUGCUCACUGGGGGAAAAACUUCCGUAACCAGCUACCUAAAACUCCUGAGCAGCUAAAAUCGACCAAGAAAAAAUUUGUCAAGUCUGCACAAACCAAUGUCGCAUAUGGACCCAGCUCACUCAGCGACUUUACCCGAUGGCGGGUGAAAAUGAUUGCAGAGGAAUUCUUGACCUCACUGGUAAAUCAAGAAGAUAACCCUGCUCCUGAAGCAGGAGUAGAAGAGGAGGAAGAGGAAGAAGAAAAAGAGGAGGAGGAGGAGGAGGAAGAAGAAGAAGAAGAAGAAAAAGACAAAAUUGCAGAAAGUAUGGCGGAGAUGGAAAAUAAAGCUGCUUCUAAGGGCACAGUAACCCCCAGCAAGAGGAAAGGGGCUCGUUCCAGAGGAGGAUCCGCAAGCAAAAGAUCACAUUCCCAGAGCAGCUCUAAGGAGGAACCAUCUCCCAGCCCCAAGAAGACCAGCCGCCUGCAGGACGAGCGCCAUCCCGAGGAGCAGAGAGCAUCUCGCCUGCAGACCAAGGAAUCCCAGACAGCCCAGGAUCCAGAAGGGGCCCAUCGAAACGGAGGGCGCCUUCCUAAAGCACAUAGCCACAAAAGGUCCAGACAGCAGAAAGAGGACAAGGAGGAGGAAGAGGAGGAGGAGGAUGAGAAAGAUGUUUGUAGCAGCCCAGUCAAGGACUUGGAAGGCGAGGAGACAAUCAGCCUGGAGCCUGUCCAUUUUCUACAGUGUCACAGUAAAGGAAACAAUAGGGAUGACUUCAAAACCCAGCUGUGGGCCUGUGUCUUUGAGCCGCCGCUGGACUGUGGGACAAGAAAAGAUCCAGUGGUGAGCUCAUCCAGGACAGCAGCUACCUGUGGCGGGGACUCUGUCUGUCUGGUCAACUGUGAGACUGGCAUUGUCUUGAAAAAGUACAAAGUGACUGGAGAGGAGUUUUUCACUGUCACAUGGACAACACUGACAAUGGUGACCAGCGACGGACGCAAAAAAAGGCACAAUGUCCUGGCUGCCGCCGGGAGACGAGGAAUCGUGAAGCUGAUUCACGUGGCCGCUGACUAUUGCUAUGGAGAAAUCAAGGCUCACAAGAAGCCCAUUGCUACCGCCUGCUUCAGUCCGAUCACCGAGACACAUCUCUUCACUGCCUCCUAUGACAAGAAAAUAUGCGUGUGGGACAUCGGAGUGCCAGACUGCGACUAUAAUUUCAAAGAAAGGCAGCUGAUGGUGCUGGAGACGGUUGACACGCCUUUGAGGAUUGCCCUCGUUCCGUCUUGCCCAGACCGGUACUUGGUGGCUGGCUGUGAGAAAGGCUGCUUUGCCUGGGACAUUAGAGUGGAUGAGAAGCAACCGAAAAACAGACCUCAUGAAGUGGAGUUUCAGUUCCCGGAUGAUGCGGGGAAUGAGACUUCUUCCCACCGGGUGGAUGGCCUGGCCUUUUUGAAUGAAGACAUUGUGGUUACCAAAAGUUCUAAGAUGGGGUCCAUAAACCUCUGGAGCUGGAGCCGGUCUUUCAAAGAACAAGGGAAGGGGUCUCGGAGGACGGUGCAGGCGGUCAUCCUGGCAGAACUGGAAUGGUCCUCGACAGACCUGCCGUACCUCACGCUCAGCACGUGCCCAACAGAAGAGUACGUAUUCUGUGGCGACGAGAAAGGAAGUGUGUGGCUGUAUGACCUCAGCAACCACUUGUCGGCUCUGAACGCUACCAAGGAAGACCGCGUGACGAAGAGAAUAGGGCCCUCACAGGUUCUCAAGUGGCCGGAACUGAAAGCAAACGGAGAGCCAUUGACAGAUGUCUUGGUGAACAACGUGGUCGCGGACCCCUCCUUCACUUACCUGGUGGCUCUAACUGAUGUAAACAUUGCUGCGAUAUGGAAGAAAGCCUAGCUGGCCUGGCUUGCUGCCCACCCCCCAAAAGGAGAGGAGACUCAUUUUUCGUCCUGUUUCAGUAGUGCAGUAUUUGUGACCAUUCACAGAGAAUAAGCAGAAGGGGAAAUCUUAAAUUCAUGUUAUCAAUGCAAGAAAAAAAACAACAAAAGGGGUUGGUUAGAACCAUGUCUUGUUAUUGCCAAUCCCUGCAUCUUUUAACUGUGAGUUUGCUUCAUUGGUGUAUUAAGUGUAUUUGUUUUAUAGAAAGACAG